CCACCCGCUAACGUCAACGAACUUCGUCAAGCGCUCAUUCAGGAAUGGAACAAUAUUCCACAGCUAUGGGGAGAGUGUGGUCCAAACUAACAAGGCCAGUGAAAAACAUCAACGUAGAGAGCAGAGCACACAAAGUGAUCGAUGAAAUCCCGACACGGGCGCCAAAUUAUCCUUCAACGGAGAAAGUCCUUGACAAGUUCAUAAAUGAACACCCAGAACUACUGGACAAGCAGAAGCAAAAAGAUGAAGGGUUGUUGACCAAUUUGAAACACAUCAGAAUUGAAUCAUUUGGUCCACCACCUGAAAUAAAAUCAUUAAAAAGACCACUGCCUACAAUAACCACCACACAGAAAGAACCUGAAUAUGGCUUUUUUGAGCCUCGGCGAAUCCCUGUUGGGAAGACAAGCAUCCGUCUCGCUCUGAACUUCCUGGCGGACCACCAGGCCGCGCCAAAGACGUACUCUGCUGCAGUCAUCGCCACGGAACACAAACUUGACAUUCGUCAAGUGGAACAAGUGAUCAAGUAUUUCCACACCUUUCACAUACACAUGCCACUGGAACUGAAAAAGAAACAUCCUAAACUGUUGGAUUUACUGGAGACAAAAAAAACAAUUGGUGCCAAAGAUCACCCAGAAUUGUUGGACACACCAGUAGAGCCAGAAGUGAAAAAAACCUGAUAGUUGUGUGAAGUCAGAAUUGUGUGAAAUUGUGUUUUAGUGUGGGAUAGUAAAAAGAAAUAAUACUAAAGUAUCGGUAUAUA